AUGAAAGACACUAGUUACGCUACAAGACUAGAGAGAAGGGUAGCUUUGCUGGAGAACCUGAAUGCUGAAGCCACUGCUGCUAAAGAAAUUGUUGAUGGUGAGUUAGCCAUGGUUGUUGAAGAAAACAAAGAAUUGAGGGGGUUGAAAAUGGAAUGGAUCUCAACAUCUUCUUGUUCAACUUCAUUGUCACCAAUUUCACAUUCUGGAGGACAUAACUUACUAAGAAACUCAUCCCCAGCCGUCUUGUUCAAAGGUAUUUUGUCAAUGUCAAUUACUUCAUCUUCAAGACCUACAUUGGGAUGGGUUUCAUCAGGGGCAGUGUUUUCUUCAUUUCUAGGUACACCAUCAUCUUCAAGGCCACUUUCAUUAUUUUUCACUAACAACCAAAUUCAUGUCAUCAUCCCACCAUUCCUCCAACCCAUUCCCAUUAUGAUCAACAUAAACUGA